AAGAAAAAAAACCUGACAGCAUCAGUAGUAAUAAGAUUGUCUCUUUUUCAUGUUCAUGCUCAUAAGUCUUCUACUUGCAAUGCAUGGAGCAUGCCUGCUGCUCUAAGACUUAUCAGAGGAAUGCUGACCCAAAGGAUAACUCUAGCAGCCUUUGUGCUCUUCAUCCCAACAGCUCAGUGCACACCAACAAAUGAUGCUUCAUUCUCUCUCACUAACAGAGCUAAUAGCAUUUGUUUGCUGAAAAGAUCGAGUCGCUGCUUGGAGGUGCGCUGGACGACGGGCGAUCGGCUUUUUUCUAUCUCAAACAAAAAGUGCAUCGGAGCGCAGGGCAAAAGUGUGGGGAGUGAAGUAAAUCUCUACGACUGUGACGACAAGAGUGACCUCCAAAAGUGGGAAUGCAGGAACCAAACACAGCUUGCCCUCAAAGGCACACAGCUUUACAUCGCUGCCAGUGCCGAUGAAUCCAUUGGCCUCACCAGAUCUCCGGGGCCGAAUAGUCACUUCACUAUCACAGGGACGUCCAGCAGUGCUUGCACAAGAACAUACAGAGAACUCUACACCCUUGAGGGGAAUGGGUUCGGUAAGAUCUGCAUGUUUCCCUUCCAGUACAAAGACCGCUGGUUUGGAGACUGUACUACUUACGACUCCUCAACUAAGCGUGCUUGGUGUGCAAUUGGAACAAGAUAUGAAAACGAUCAGUGGGGAUACUGUCCGACUUCAAACACAGACGACUGGACCAGAAACCUGAUAACAGGAGCGUAUUAUCAGCUCAACACACAGUCAGUCCUGACCAAGUCGCAGGCUGAAACCAGCUGCAAACAGCAGGGGGCGACCCUGCUCAGUGUGGUGGAUCCCAAUGAGCAGGCUUUCGUCGCAGCACUAUUGGCAUCUGGGAAACACAAACUUUGGAUUGGACUGGUCCUGAACCCAGAGCAUGGCUGGCAGUGGUCUGAUGCCAAGCCCUUCCGUUAUCUGAGAUGGAGUGCAGGACAUCCUCUUCCUAAUCCAGGGCACAACUGUGCGUUUCUUGACUCUGCUGGGCAGCACACUUGGCAAAGUUCAUCUUGUGUCAAAAAACUAGGGUACAUCUGCUACAAAGACGGGACAGCACCAAGUCCUCCACAAAUUGAGCAAGGAUUCUGUCCAAGCCCUUGGAUUCCCUACAAUGGCCACUGCUUCCAACUUAUACGUCAAGCUCAAACGUGGUCUGUCGCUCAAAAAGGGUGUCGCAAAGAAGGAGGAGACCUAGUUAGCAUCCGCAAUGUGGAGGACCAAAGCUUUGUCAUCUCACAACUUGGAUACGCAUCAACGGAUGAGCUUUGGAUUGGACUGAAUGACGUGAGGACAGAGGGGCUGUUUGACUGGAGUGACCACUCUGCUGUUACCUUCACCAGCUGGGAGUUUGGGAAACCUGCUACCUCCACUGAUGCAGAUGACUGUGUCCUUAUCAGAGGAGAGAAUGGAAACUGGGCAGAUCGUUGGUGUGAUGAGACACAUGGCUAUAUUUGUAUGAAGCAAAGUGAAACCGAGCGCACCGCAGAUGAAGUAGAGCUGGACAGAGGCUGCAAAGCUGGUUGGAAAAGACAUGGCUCCUACUGCUACUUUGUAGGAACAGAGACGACGACCUUCGAUGAAGCAAAGGAGGAUUGCAAAAGCAAAGACUCCUACUUAGCUGAUGUUUCAAAUGGGGUGGAUAAUGCAUUCCUUGUCAGCCUGGUGGGGCUGAGAUCGGAAAAACACUUCUGGCUGGGGCUCUCAAACCAGAAGAACAUUGAUGAGUUUGUGUGGACCGGCGAUACCCUGGUCAGUUAUACUCACUGGAACGCUGACAUGCCAGGCUACCAACAGGGCUGCGUAGCAAUGACAACAGGGACUUUGGCUGGCCUCUGGGAUCUGCUGCCCUGCGCCAACAGGGAGAAAUACAUCUGCAAACACCUGGCAGAGGGGGCAGUUUUAACCCCUGCACCACCAACUCAAUCUCCUCCCAAGUGUGAAGACGGCUGGGUUCGAGUUGGAACAAGAAGUGUCUGUUCUAAGUUUUUUACAGGGCCUCGUUCAGAGGAGAAGACCUGGUAUGAAGCCAGGGAUUACUGCAGGGCCAUCGGAGGUGACCUGCUCAGCAUCCACAGUGAUUCAGAGCUACGAGUGGGAGGUCAUGGAAGAGCCUGGAUUGGACUCCAUAUUCCCGACUCAGGCUCCGGCUUUACAUGGAGUGAUGGAACUGCGUUAAACUUCCAGCACUGGCAGGAAGGAGAGCCAAACAAUCAUAACAAUGAUGAAUCAUGUGGUGAAUUCAGAAUCUAUCACUGGGAUGAGUCCGGAUCUUGGAACGACGUGAACUGUGACAGUUACAAUGAUUGGCUGUGUCAGAUCCGAGCAGGAUUGACUCCAAAACCACCUCCGAAUAACACCGUAGUGGACUUCACUACCACUCACGAUGGUUGGCUUGUUUGGAGAGGAAACCAGUAUUUCAUUAACAGAAAUCAAAUGUCCAUGGAGGAUGCUCGACACUACUGUCAGCAGAGGCAUGGUGACCUCGUAUCCAUCACCAGCAAAGAGGAAAAUACCUUUAUUUGGAAACAGAUUUCCAGAAGCUAUGGUCACUUUUAUAUAGGUUUGACAGUGGAUCUUGAUGGAUCUUUCUGGUUUACGGAUGGGUCUCCAGUGGGGAUACAAAAGUGGGAUGAGAAUCAUCCUAAUACCAAUGCCUUCGAUCAGAACUGUGUGGCAAUGACCUAUUACAUGGGCUUCUGGCAAACUUGUAAUUGUGGGCAGGAGCACUCCUUCAUUUGUAAACGAGGAAACUCAGCACCUGCCAACACUACUGCUAUCCCCACACCUGCUCCUAAAGGUGGCUGCCCAAUGAAGUGGACCAAAUUUGACUCAAAGUGUUACAGUAUCAGUAAUCGGAAAACCACCUGGGAAGAAGCAAGAGGGCAAUGCAUCAUCAUGGGAGGCAGUUUAGUCUCAGUUCCUACAAGGCGUGAACAAGCGUUUUUAAUCACCAGAGUGGCUGAACUAAACUCUGGAGACGUCUGGAUUGGUUUAAAUAGUUUAAAUCAGGAUGGAUUUUAUUGGACUGAUGGGAAGAAAAGGAAAUACACAAACUGGGGCUUUUCUAAAAAUAUCCGUCGUCAAGGGAGCUUUUAUCAAAGAUGGAAUGAGGAACAAUGUGUUGUGAUGUCAGGGAAUCCUUCUAUUGGCAUUGGCAAAUGGUAUAUGAAGUCCUGCAAUGACACCAAUGGAUUUAUGUGUCAACGCAGUCUUGAUCAAAAUAUCCAUCCCGUACCAGUACCAGCCAUUCCAACCACUUACCUAUCACUGGGAAAUGACAGCAUUAAGGUUGUGACUAAAAAUCUCACCUGGGAAGAUGCCAAGAAAAAUUGUGAAGGAGACAAGGCCAACCUGGCUAGUCUGCGGAGAGAUUGGACACAGGCCUAUGUCGAGCUGCAAUCGAUGAAUCUUAAAACUCCUCUUUGGAUUGGACUGAACAAAGAGCAGACCGGUGGUUACUAUAAAUACAUUGAUGGCUGGAGCCUCAACUUUGCCAGCUGGGCUGAAGGUGAACCAAGGACAGGUCUCCCUUGUGUGUAUGUGGAUGUGGAUGGACAAUGGAGAACGGCUCUUUGCAAUCAGACCAUGAACAGUGUUUGCAUGCAGUCUAUAGAUGUUCCACCAACACAGUCAGCCAUAUUCCCUGGAGUUUGCCCAGAAGACACGACAGUGGAAUACCAUCAGACUGCUUCCUGGCUGCCGUUUAAGGGUCAUUGUUAUUUGUUCAUGACAGAGGAAAUUGAAUGGGCAGAUGCAGCGAGUAGCUGUGUACGGCACGGUGGAAUCCUGGCUAGUAUCGAAGACCCUGUAGAGCAACAGUUCAUUAAAAGCAAUGUUGAAAUAUUUCAAGAUAGCGUCAGUGCUUUCUGGGUUGGCCUGUUUAAGACUCAUAAAGGGACAUGGUUGUGGUUGGAUAAAACAGUCAUGGACUACACAAACUGGAGCCCUGAUGAGCCUGAAAAUGACUAUGGAGAGAUCGGAGCAUCAGAUGGCGCUUGGAGGACGGGUCGGAGAUGGCACGACAGAGGAUACAUCUGUGAAACACCAAAAGUGACACCUCAAGAUCCAGGAUCAAAAGCUGAGCCUCGUGGAAGUCAGGACCCCCGCAGUCGGGUCCACACCAGUUUGGUAGUGGUGCUGAUCAUUACUAUUACUUCUUCACUGAUGGCGUUUGCAUUCUUCCUCUACAAGAAGGCCCCUCGAGCCUUACCAACUUUUGAUAAUCCACUCUACUUUGGCAGUGAAAGAUCGCAGCCUGAUGUUGUUGACACCAACAAACUGAUAGAAAAUGCAGAGGUAGAAAACCCUGAGCCAAUUAUAGCUCUGUGAUCCCUAGUAGGAAAUGUCACAUACCGUUCUGUAUCCCAGAAACCCACACUGAUGUAUUACACUUGGAUGCUUCAUUUGUGUUUUUGCUCCUUUUUUAUGCAUGAUACAGUUUAUAUUCAGUUAUUUAAUGUCACUAUAGGUGUCCGUUUCAACUGAGUUGGCAACGUCUAACCUCAUGAAACAGAACAGUUUAGGCUUGAGAAUGUCUCAAUGGAAAUGACUUGUAUUUGAUUUUUUAUUUAUAUAUAUAUAUAUAAUUGAAUGUAUAUAUUUGAAGUUUGAUUAUGCUAACUGGAUGAUGUUUAUUGCUUGUACUCUUGACAUAUGUAAAAACAUAUUACUGCUUGUCACAUGUACAUUAAAUCUGAUGAAAUAAGUAGAUUGGG